AUGCUCUCUCCCUCCCUGUCUGUCUGUCAGUGUCAUUCUGUAGUGGAGAUGUGGAGUGUCUUUCUGUCUCUCUGUCUGUUUUUUCAGCCCAAUUCAGCUGAGGAAGUGAUGCUGCUGGACACAACAGAGUCUACCUCAGAGCUGGGCUGGACCACCUAUCCAGACACGGGGUGGGAUGAGGUCAGUGUCCUGGACGACCGGGGGAAGCUCAUACGAACCUUCGAGGUCUGUAAUGUCAACCAAAAUUCCCGUCUGCAAGACAACUGGUUGGCCACGCCCUUCCUGUACCGCCACUCUGCCCCACGGGUGUUUGUCACACUGCGUUUCUCUGUGCGUGACUGUGCUAGCCUGCGAUCGCCGUCACCCACCUGCCGAGAGACACUCACUCUGUACUACAAACAGGCCGACUCCCAGAGAGAGCUGGAGAGGACCUGGGCAGCUGAGCCGUCCAACGGAGAGAAGGAGACCAGGGAGGGCUGGGUGAAGAUUGACACUAUUGCUGCUGAUAAGAGUUUCUCCAAGGUGGAGCCCAGUUCACCUCACCAGUAUCAACCCAACAGAUACAGCCAAAUCAACAUCAAGACACGCAGCUUUGCCCCGCUCACACGCAAUGGAUUUGUCCUGGCCAUUGUCGACAGUGGAGCUUGUGUUUCCCUUAUGGGUGUGUCAGUCUUCUACCGGCGCUGUCCAACCACCAGCAUGUACUUGGCAUCCUACCCGGCAACUCCCUCAGGGGCCGAGCCGACUGCCUUAGUUCCCCUGAGCGGGACGUGUGUUCCCCACAGUAAAGCACAGGGAGGCACGCCCCCUCGCAUGCACUGCAAUGCUGAAGGGGAAUGGAUGGUUCCUGUAGGAGGAUGUGUCUGUGAUGAAGGCUAUGAGCCCAACCUAAAUGGAUCGGCCUGCUUGGCUUGUCCGGUGGGUUACUUCAAGUCCGUUGCGGGCUCCAUUCCCUGCUCGGUGUGUCCACCCAACAGCAGAACCAGCCAGGAGGGAUCAAGUGUGUGUGAAUGUCGCAGUGGAUUUUACAGGGCAGCCACUGAUGCCAACUCUUCUGCAUGCACAACUCCUCCAUCUGCUCCGGUCUCUCCGUCCUGGGAGUAUGAGAGCGGCGAUGGCGGGGUGUCCAUCAGGUGGCGCCCUCCAGUGGAAAUGGGAGGCCGCAGCGAAGUAUGGUACGGGGUGGUGUGUCGCAUCUGCCCCUCGGCCACCUUCACCAACCCGGUGGCGUGCUCCUGGUGUGGAGAGGGCGUCACCUUCAGCCCCACCCAGACAAACCUGAAACAAACCAAGGUCACCCUCAACAACCUGCUGACUAGAGUCACUUAUCUCAUACAGGUGCAAGCCAUGAAUGAGGUGUCAGCUUUGAGUCCUUUUCCGGCUCGAUACACAAGCAUCAAUUUCACUACGAGCCAGUCAGUUCCCAGCACAGUUCCUAUGAUGCACCAGCUGAGCAGAGCCCCAGACUCCAUCACUCUCUCAUGGCCUCAGCCCGACAGGCCCAAUGGAGACAUCCUGGAGUACCAGCUUAGAUACUAUGACAAGGGUUCAGAUGUGGACAGUGCAGCGAGUGUGUACAGUGAGACCAACACGGUGACCGUCAGCUCUCUGAUCCCUGGCUCCAUCUAUGCCUUCCAGAUCAGAGCUCGGAAUGAACGGGGCUACGGCCCCUACAGCAACACCAUCUACUUCACCACGCUGCCUCUGGAGGAACAUUCCCAGCAGAUCCAGAAUCGACUUCCUCUUCUGGUUGGGUCAGUGAUGGGCGGUGCAGCAUUUCUACUGGUGGUGGCAGCGAUUGUGGUCGUGGUUGUAUUUCGCAGUAAGAGGAGAGAGAGUCCAUACAGUGACAGACUGCAGAGGUACAUCAGUAACCGAGGUGGAGUUAAGUAUUAUGUGGACCCAUCCACAUAUGACGACCCAAGUGAGGCUGUCAAAGAGUUUGCCCGUGAGAUAGAUCCCACUCAUCUUAAGAUUGAGGAGGUGAUUGGUGCAGCCCAAUUUGGGGAGGUUUCUCGGGGCCGCUACCGUCCGCUGGGUCGAAGGGAGGUGCUGGUAGCCGUGAAGACUCUACGCUGGGGGGCGUCUGACAGAGAGAAGGGCAUGUUCCUCAGUGAAGCAGGGGUCAUGGGACAGUUUGACCAUCCCAAUGUACUGAAGUUGGAGGGUGUGAUCACUCAAACGCCCCCAGAAAGGAUCAUCACUGAGUUCAUGGAGAACGGGCCCUUGGACGCCUUCCUCCGGGAGAACGAGGGCCAGUUCAGUGUCCUCCAGCUUAUUGGGAUGCUUAGAGGAGUUGGUGCAGGGAUGCGUUACCUCUCCGAAAGAAACUUUGUCCAUCGGGACUUGGCGGCUAGGAACGUGUUGGUCAAUUCCAACCUGGUCUGUAAAGUGUCCGACUUUGGCCUGUCCCGGCUUAUGAGGGGCCUGGACCACAACAUACCUACAUACACUGCAUCACUGGGCAGUAAGAUUCCUGUGAGAUGGACGGCACCAGAAGCCUUUCAGCAUCGCAAGUUCAGCUCAGCAAGUGACGCCUGGAGCUUCGGCAUACUUAUGUGGGAAGUGAUGUCAUAUGGAGAGCGUCCAUACUGGGACAUGAGCAAUCAAGAAGUGAUGAAGGCAGUUGCAGACCAGUAUCGUCUCCCUGCCCCCCACAACUGUCCCUCCGCCCUCCACUCUUUGAUGCUUCAGUGCUGGCAGGCUGAUCGGGGGGACCGGCCAGGCUUCGACACACUCCUGUCCUCCUUGGAUCGGCUCAUCAGGCACCCUGCCUCCCUUAAGGUGGAGCCAACUCGAAGCUGCUCUCAGCCCCUGCUGAGCCCCACGCCCACAGACUUAACGUCAGUGGCAACAGUCAGUGAUUGGCUGAAGGCUCUGAGGAUGGAGCGAUAUCAGGAUGAGUUUGAUCAGGCAAACCUGGAUACAUUAGACAGAGUCAGCAUGCUCAACAUGGAUGAUGUCCAGAAUCUCGGGGUGAACCUGCUGGGGCACCAGAGGAAGAUCGUCAGUGCAGCCCAGCAGCUCAGAGCCUAUCUGACGCAGGGGCAGGUGGAGGUGUGA